AUGGAUGAAAAACUUAUUGAAAGUGUGAAAAAGUUUCCGUGCAUUUGGAACACAUCUUCAGAAUUUUACAAAUGCAACGAAACAAAAGAUGCUGCGUGGGACCAAAUUAUCAUUGAAACAAACAUAUCGGAUGUUACAACUGCCAAGUCGCGAUGGAAACAACUGAGAGAUAACCAUCGGGAUGCCUUAAAAAGACAAAAUGCAACAAGGAGUGGACAGGCUAGAAAACAACGAAAAGAAUGGAAAUAUCAAAAAGCCAUGUCAUUUUUAUUGCCUUACAUGAGUAACAGAGACCGGUCAACAAAUUUUACGCCCCUGGACCACUCAGUAAGCGAAACUUCAAAUCCGCCAAAUACCAUUGAAGAGAGUUCACGGGAAUCAUGCAAUUUUUUGCCAUCAAAUUCAAAUAAUCUUCCUUCUGCCGAUGAUCCUAAGAAUCCAACAGCUUCGGAAUCUCUUCCAUCAACAUCCAAAAAAAGAAAGAACGAUGAAAUUCUAGAUUAUUUAAAAAAAAAUCAAGAACGCCGCGAAGUGUUGGAACGAGAACGGAUAGAACUUAAAAACAUGAUGUCAGCCAGUGAUAAAUACGAUGAAAUAGACUUAUUUUUUUUAAAUUUGGCUGCAUCGACAAAAAAGCUGCCGUAUUAUUUUCAACUUCAAAUUAAAAAAACCUGCUUUAAUGCGGUAAUGUCAGCUGAAGAAAGUAAUCUUCAACAUAGUUGGUAUUCUCCGAAUAAUUAUGGUUAUUCUACAGGCUCAACACCUACAUCAGAUAACAUCAACACUAGUAUCGAUACUCCUAGUGCUUCAGAUAAUAUCAACACUAGUAUCGAUACUCCUAGUGCUUCAGAAAUUCCAACAACCCAGGAUAUUGAAACAUCUGCAGCAGAGCCAACAGAACCCAAUGAAAAUGCGGUCAAUUUUGAGACAGAUUACGAUUUUUAAAUUAAUAUAACAUGGCUUCUAUAACUGUAUGCAAAAAUAAAAGUUACUUUGAUUUAAAA